GUGGCCUCCGCGGCCGGAGCGGGAGAUGGUGCUGUCGGAGUUGGCGGUUCGCCUCAACUGCGCCGAGUACAAGAACUGGGUGAAGGCGGGCCACUGCCUGCUGCUGCUGCGCCGCUGCCUGCAGGGCUUCGUGGGCCGGGAGAUGCUGGCCUUCCACCGCGGCCUGCUCGCCUGCGCCCCCGGCCUGGGCCCGGGCGCCACCUGCCGCGGCGGCUCCAGGUGCAGCCCGCGCGGCCGCCAGUUCCAGCCUCAGUGCCAGGUGUGCGCGGAGUGGAAACGGGAGAUCCUGAGACAUCACACCAACAGAAACGGAGACGUGCACUGGGGCAACUGCCGGCCGGGCCGCUGGCCCGCGGACGCCUGGGAGGUGGCCAAGGCCUUCAUGCCCCGCGGACUGGCGGACAAAGCAGGACCCGAGGAAUGUGAUGCAGUGGCUCUGUUAAACCUCAUCAACGCCUGCGAUCACUUCCUGGUUGAUCGAAAGAAAGUCACAGAGGUGAUUAAGUGUCGUAACGAUAUCAUGCACUCUUCAGAGAUGAAGGUAUCUUCUAUGUGGCUUCGAGAUUUCCAGAUGAAGAUCCAACAUUUUCUGAAUGAAUUCCGUAAUAUCCCAGAGAUUGUGGAGGCGUACUCCAGAAUAGAAGAGCUGUUGACAUCGGACUGGGCCGUCCUCAUCCCCGAGGAAGAUCAUCGAGAUGGGUGUGACUAUGAAACAGGCAUAUACCUGAGUGAGAGCCAAGUCCAUGAAAUCGAAAUGGAAUUUCUAAAGGAAAAACUUCAAGAGAUUUAUCUUCAAGCGAAAGAACAAGAGGUGUUGCCAGAAGAGAUCCUAACUCGGCUGGAAGCGCUGAGGGAAUUUCUGAGAAACAAUGAGGAUCUUAGGAACGGUCUUUCAGAGGAUCUGCAGAAGCUGGACAGCCUGUGUCUCCAGCAUCAAAAACUGGAUUCAAAGGAGCGUGGGGUCCAGGCAGCCGCAGGGGAGGCCUGAGGUUGCCCUUGGGCCAAACCAGACCUGUUCUCUGAAAGGCGGCACGACUUGGCCCUCAGCGUCCUUUUCUGUGCAAAAGGGGAGACUUCCCAGAGCACUCUGCCCCCCAGAGGAUGCUGUCUGUCCCUGAGCUCCCCUUUCUGCCUUUGGGACUAUUGCUCUAGACCAGUGGUCGGCAAACUCGUUAGUCAACACAGCCAAAUACCAACAGGACAACGAUUGAAAUUUCUUUGGAGAGCCACAUUUUUUACACUUCAACUUCUUCUAACGCCACUUCUUCAACAUAGACUCGCCCAGGCCGUGGUAUUUUGUGGAAGAGCCACACUCAAGGGGCCAAAGAGCCACAUGUGGCUCGCAAGCCGCAGUUUGCUGACCACGGCUCUAUACUCAUAAGCGGGGGUGUUGUGCGAGCUAUACUGCCCGAAAGAUGUUAGAUACUCUUAAGCCAAAACUGUCAUCCAGGGGUUUUUGGAGGUUUUGCUUUUGUUUGGUUUGUUUUGUUUUGUUUUGUUACUCUUUAAAAGCUGAUGUUCUUUUCUGGUCCUAAACUCUGGCUGCUGAGCGCAGGCAAGGCUGGGUGAGGCCAGCCUGUGUGAAGGCUCAUGCAGAGCCCUCUGCCCCCUUGCAGACCCUCCCCCCGCUUCCUUCCUGAAAGUCUCACUCAUGAGGAGGCCCAAGGCGCGAGCUGGGUGUCAGAGUUGAGACAGAAAUCCUUCCUUUCUGGAAGAAGGCAAGAAAGAAAUGUCCCGAAAGGCCAUUUUCUAGCCAUUUCCAAUUAGUUCCGGAACUGGGAGCCUGAGGCAGUAGGACGAGAAGGUGGGUCCAUGCUGGUCAGGGCGGGACUGGAGAACAGUAACUUGA